AUGGCAUCUUUCAGCCGCCAACGACUUUUACCUGUUACAUCGGGGGACAAUACUGCACAUGUUGAAUCGAAAUACUUUUGUGAAGCUUCAAAUAAUCAGAUUAAUAUAUAUCUUGAGAUAAAAUCACCUGCUCGUAUCGGAGUCAAAACUCCUCUUUGUUUCAUACUUGUAAUUGACGCAAGUGGUAGUAUGAGUAGUCCAGUUGGAAAUGACAGUACAUCAUUAUUUGACAGGAUGAAGACAUUUGCCCAUUUGAUGAUAAAGCAUGUGUCAAGUGAUGACUAUCUAGCAAUAAUUUCAUUUGCUGAAGAUGCCAGAGUUGAUCUUGGUAUAACAAAGAUGGAUGAUCAUGGGAAGAAUUUGGCAAAAAAUACUCUGCCGCUACUGAACUUGAGAGGGGCAACAAAUUUAGAAGAUGGUUUGACUGAAGCACUCGAGGAAAUUAAAUGGGCAAGGUCACAUUUUUGGAAGGAGCGAAAUGUAAGAUCCAAUAUCAUUCUUUUCACUGACGGCUUACCAAACUGCGGAAUAUUAGACGCUCAAAGCCUUAUUGCCAAGUACAAAGAAAUCGAAAAGUCAAUGCCGGGCAGAAGUUGCGUUCCACUAUCAGCGUUUACAAUUGGUAACUACAGACCCAAAGUACUGGUUGAGAUUGCUUCAAAGCUCAGUAGUGAAGCAUUUUACUGGUUGGAUCAGAAUCAGAACUUUGAAAGUGAGAUGAUGAUACCGCUAUUUUUGAAAAAAAUGACUCACGUCAGUGAUAUUUCUGUGAAAUUGCAAUCUGGUUGUGACGUUUUCUUCAGCCGAACCAAAACCUCAAAAGAUCAUUUGGAGGAGCAAACUUUUGACAGUCUGUCAUAUUUUUUACAUUCUCUCCCGGAAGAUAUGCCGAAAACGAUAUCAAUAUUCCUCGAGAUCAGACCUGGUUUAUUGUUGUCGAUGCUGCAUGGACAAACUAUUUUGAGCGCACAUAUUUCCUUCUUGGAUGAAAACCUAAAAAUGGUGGAAUUUCAAGAUGUGAUCACAUUUUCUCAUUCUACAUUAUUCGAAAUAAUGACCAAAUCCUGUGUUUCUAGUAAAAUUCAAGCGAUAGAUGUGGAGACGCAGACUUAUGCAAGAUCGUCGUACCUCUUCACAUCCAGAAACAGUCAAACACAAGAUACUUGGACAGAAGCCAAACAAUCGUUGUUGAAAAAUAUUCAAAUGACUUGCUUGAAUGAUACUGCUAAUGUUAUUCUCGCUGCACAAAAUCAUACUGGCGAUGUUAAUGAAAUGGCCGAAUCAACACUUUUGUUAUUCGAGAAACAAACUCAACGGUUUGGAAAAAUUGUACGUAAUGACCAAAUGGCAUUACAUGGUCUGAACGGCUAUUUGUCGCAGCUAAAAAUUCACGUAGAUACGGCAAGAAAGGCAGUUAUAGUCAAAAACGGUAUGCUUUGGUAA